AUCCGAAGUAUCAGCGUAAGGAAAAACUCAUAUCGGUAGAUUUUGAGUUUUUAAGAAUUUUUACAAACGAUCCGCCUAUAAAUCAAUACAGAAGUGAACUAUUAAGAAAUGUAGAUCGGUCAGACUUCACUUCGGAGAUGACAUUAUUUGAAUUGAUGUUAAAAGCCUCGGCUUUGUAUACCAUUAUGUGUACCUCAAAACCCGAUGGGACAUGUUGUUGGAAAUUGGCAUUCAGGGCAUUAUGUAUCAUAAAGGCAAGAAUGGUUCAAAAGGAGAGGAGCGAAAUUAUGGGAGGGCCAAGGUGCGUUGUAGAUGAUGUGUGGAAUUCCUUGAAUGUAGAUAAGGAAUGGAUAAAUCGCAGGUAG